AUUUACCUUCGCAUCCGAGCAGAAAAUUUGAUUGUGCACUUGAGAUACAAUAUGAACUACCUCGCGAUUAUAAUCUUCAGUGGACUUUCAAUCAUAUCCGCUUCAACACAAGAAUUAUCACAGAACCCGUCCAGAGCAGCAGUGAACAAAGCAGAAAGCAAAGAAAUUUGUGGGGGUUUAGAACAAAUCGUGUUGACUGACCGACCUGACCACGGGUUCAUCUCGAGUCCCGGGUACCCUGUCGGAUACCCAAACAAUGUGGGAGCCAGAGACUGUGGACACGACCUACUGGUCGAAAGCAGUGUCAUUGACAGUGUGAGGCUAGGGUUUCUUCAGCUCCGAACAUCAAAUGGAGACUCUGUACAAGUUGAACUGCGAGACGAAAACGCGGAAUUCAUAGACCAGUUUGCAGGAACACUGGACUUGUUCAUUCCGCAGCUUUUCGCUGCAAACAAUGCCACGGUUUUCCUACAGAGCGACGCAAUUGAAACCGAGUUCGGUUACUUGGCUGCUUACGCUGCUGAAUUGCCAAACAAUGGAAAAGAUGAGAUUAUUGAGGUGAAAGACAAAAUCAACUCAGACGCUGAUGAACCGAGUUUCACGGAAGUGAUCAGAAUCAACACCGAAACCGGAAAAAUCACGACCAACGGGGACAUGACUCAAUUGCACACCAAAGUGCAACCGGGUGCCUCAAAAACCUACGGUUUCCUUUCGUCGCCGAACCAUCCGAACAAUUACGCAAACGGCGAACGGAUAACCUUCGACUUAGUAGCUCCAGAAGGAUCCAAAAUUGCACUAAGGUUGAUGCGACUGCGGUUGGAGCCGAUUUACGACCAGCUCAGGGUCUUUGACGGCGGAGUUUUACUCCAGUUGAUGCGACUGCGGUUGGAGCCGAUUUACGACCAGCUCAGGGUCUUUGACGGCGGAGUUUUACUCCAGAACAUUGAACACCUGAUGACAAACAUCAUCUACAGCAAGAGCAACGAGAUCACGGUGCAAUUCACAAGCGACACUUCAAACACUUACAGUGGUUUCUUGUUGGCUUACACGAAUAUUCAGCCAUUCAAAGAGUCACUUGAGCCCUUGUCGACAGCCGCCUUCACAGCCGCCACAUUGGUUCAGAGCUGCCACAUUAUCCCCAAUGUGGCGGCUGUGAAGGCGGCUGUCGAUGAAAAUGGCGGAAUUGCCUUGGAUGACCUGGAGGAAACCCUUAGAAAGAAUGCCAAGUUGAUUUCCAGAAUUCUGAGCGGAAAGCUGGGCCAAAAAAAAAAACUGCAGGAAGGGUGCCUCAUCUGUUAA